GGGCGAGAAGUUCUUUGUUCCCCGGGGCUCUGCUCCGGACCACUUUCUACUCGUCUCCCAGCGCUCUUCCCCCGGUCCCGGCCCCCUUCCCGCUUCUCUAACUUGGAGGCGGGGGUAGCAAGGGGUCUAACCCCUAAAAAUGGCUGUCACAGAGCGCGGGAGUUGAGGGAGCGGGGUGCGGAGAGAGGCGGGGGCAUUCCCCGCUCCGGGCUGGGGCUGGGGCCGGGCCGCGCCGCCCGGGCUCGGCGGCUCACGUCCCGCGGCGGAGCUGCCGAUUUGCGAAGCGGCAGCUGCUUUUUUUUAUCCCCCCCGCUACUCCUCGCCCCCUCCUCCCCGAGCAACUCCCGGGCAUUUUCACGCCGUGAGGCGGGGGGGGGGGGGGGACGUGGGGUGUGGGCCGGCCGCAAACUUUUCAGGGGAAAGGCGAGAGGAGCGGGCGCUGUCACAUCUGGAGGGGCGGCGGGGCGGCUGUUGGGGCGGCCGUUGUUCCCGAAGGGAAAGUUGCGUCCCGGGCGGGUGUGGGCGUGUGGACCUGCGUGCGCCUUUUUGUGCGGGGGGCGUGCGGGGCCGCCGCUCCUCGCUGCCGCCGUUGGCUCCGGGUCAAGCCGGGCGGCCGGCGGAGGGCCGGGCCGAGGCGGGAGGAGCGGGGCGGCUGCCCGGGGUCGCCGGGGGGCGGGGGAAGGCGGGGGCGCCCCAGGGGAGCUCCUCGGAGCCGCCCCGCGCCGGCACCGCCGCCCGUCCUCUCAUCGCGCAACUUUGAAAGGUCCGAGGAGCGCGGGUCCUCCGCGAUUUUAAUUAGCCCGUAAAGUCGGGGUGUUGACACAACUCCUGCGGCUCCGGACGGGCUCGCCGGCGCUCAGCCGCCAGUGUCCGCUCCCAAAUCCUCGCAGCACAUGAAAAGGUAUUAGUAAGAGGAGAGCUGAAGUAAUGAGAAGUCAUCAUGGAGGCGCAGUCCCAUAGCUCUACCACGACGGAGAAGAAAAAAGUGGAGAAUUCCAUCGUGAAAUGCUCCAGUCGAACAGAUGUCAGUGAGAAAGCUGUUGCCUCCAGCACAACUUCCAAUGAGGAUGAAAGUCCUGGGCAGACCUAUCACAGAGAGAGACGGAACGCGAUCACAAUGCAGCCGCAGGGUGGGCAAGGCCUCGGCAAGAUCAGUGAAGAGCCUUCCACGUCAAGCGAGGAAAGGGCCUCAUUAAUCAAGAAGGAGAUCCAUGGAUCUAUAUCACACCUUCCCGAACCUUCUGUACCUUACCGCGGGACGCUCUUUACCAUGGAUCCCCGAAACGGUUACAUGGACCCUCAUUACCAUCCGCCUCACCUCUUUCCAGCAUUCCACCCUCCUGUACCAAUUGAUGCGAGACAUCAUGAGGGACGCUACCAUUACGAGCCAUCUCCCAUUCCUCCUCUGCAUGUGCCUUCUGCGUUAUCGAGUAGCCCGACAUACUCAGAGCUUCCGUUCCUUAGAAUUUCCCCACACCGAAAUCCUGCUGCAACAUCGGAGUCUCCCUUCAGCACCCCACAUCCCUACAUUAACCCCUACAUGGACUACAUCAGGUCCCUGCACAGCAGCCCGUCCCUCUCUAUGAUCUCGGCAGCCCGUGGACUCAGCCCAACAGACGCUCCACAUGCUGGCGUCAGCCCAGCUGAAUAUUAUCAUCAGAUGGCUCUGUUGGCUGGCCAGCGCAGCCCCUAUGCAGACAUCAUUCCUUCAGCUGCCACUGCAGGAGCCGGUGCUCUUCAUAUGGAAUAUCUUCAUGCCAUGGAUAGCGCCAGGUUUCCGAGUCCAAGAUUGUCAGCCAGACCAAGCCGAAAGCGUACUUUGUCCAUAUCCCCCCUCUCUGAUCACAGCUUUGACCUUCAGACCAUGAUAAGGACAUCUCCAAACUCCUUGGUCACAAUUCUCAAUAAUUCUCGUAGCAGUUCCUCAGCCAGUGGUUCUUAUGGCCACUUAUCUGCAAGUGCAAUAAGCCCUGCUCUGAGUUUCACAUACCCUCCUACACCGGUAUCCCUUCAGCAAAUGCAUCAGCAAAUUAUAAGUCGUCAACAAACCCUAGGUUCAGCCUUUGGACACAGCCCUCCACUUAUCCAUCCUGCUCCAACUUUUCCAACCCAGAGACCUAUCCCUGGCAUCCCCAGUGUCCUGAAUCCUGUCCAGGUCAGCUCUGGACCUUCUGAGUCCACACAGCAGAAUAAACCCACAAGUGAAUCUGCAGUGAGCAGCACUGGAGAUCUCAUGCACAACAAGCGCUCCAAGAUGAAGCCAGAUGAGGACCUCCCCAGCCCAGGAGCAGGAAGCGUGCAGGAACAGCCAGAAGGAAUGACCCUGGUAAAAGAGGAAGGGGACAAAGAUGAAAGCAAACAGGAGCCUGAAGUGGUCUAUGAGACAAACUGCCACUGGGAAGGCUGCUCCCGGGAGUUUGACACGCAGGAACAGCUCGUGCAUCAUAUAAACAAUGACCACAUACAUGGUGAGAAGAAAGAGUUUGUGUGCCGAUGGCUGGACUGUUCCCGGGAGCAGAAACCGUUCAAAGCCCAGUAUAUGCUGGUGGUCCACAUGAGGAGACAUACAGGGGAAAAGCCACACAAAUGCACUUUUGAAGGUUGUACAAAGGCCUACUCCAGACUGGAGAAUUUGAAAACGCACUUGAGAUCUCACACUGGAGAAAAACCAUAUGUGUGUGAGCACGAAGGCUGCAACAAAGCAUUCUCCAAUGCGUCAGACAGGGCCAAGCACCAAAACAGGACUCAUUCCAAUGAGAAACCGUAUGUUUGCAAGAUACCGGGCUGCACGAAGCGCUACACAGACCCCAGUUCUCUCCGGAAACAUGUGAAGACCGUGCAUGGCCCGGAGGCACAUGUCACCAAGAAGCAACGUGGAGAUAUCCACCCGAGGCCUCCACCACCGAGAGACCCAGGCAGCCACUCUCAGACCCGGUCACCAGGCCAUCAGACUCAGGGUGCAAUUGGUGAGCAGAAGGACCUCAGCAACACUACCUCAAAGCGUGAAGAAUGCCUCCAAGUGAAAGCGGUCAAAUCGGAGAAACCAAUGACAUCUCAGCCAAGCCCUGGUGGUCAGUCUACAUGCAGCAGCGAACAGUCCCCCAUCAGCAACUAUUCCAACAAUGGGAUCGAGCUUACUCUGACCGGUGGUGGUAGUGUAGGAGACCUCAGUGUCAUCGAUGAAACCCCCAUCAUGGACUCUACCAUUUCCACAGCCACCACAGCCCUUGGCUUACAGGCCAGGAGGAAUAUGACAGGGACCAAAUGGAUGGAGCAAGUGAAAUUAGAAAGGUUGAAACAAGUUAAUGGAAUGCUUCCAAGACUGAACCCCGUUCCACCUUCCAAAGCCCCGACCUUGCCGCCUCUCAUAGGAAAUGGUACCCAGUCGAACAGCAGCUGCAGUGUAGGAGGAUCCAUGACUAUUCUGCCAAACAGGAAUGAACUUUCAAGUACGGACAUCACUGUGUUGAACAUGCUGAACAGGAGGGACAGCAAUACUAGCACAAUCAGUUCAGCCUACUUGAGCAGCCGCAGGUCCUCUGGAAUCUCACCUUGCUUCUCCAGCCGGAGGUCCAGCGACGCCUCCCAGGCAGAAGGAAGACCACAGAACGUGAGUGUUGCAGACUCCUAUGACCCCAUCUCGACGGAUGCCUCCCGGCGCUCCAGUGAAGCGAGCCAGUGUGAUGACCUGCCAAGCCUUCUCAGCCUCACCCCAGCCCAGCAAUACAGGCUGAAAGCUAAAUAUGCAGCAGCUACUGGUGGACCCCCACCAACUCCACUGCCUAACAUGGAGAGGAUGAGCCUCAAAACAAGGAUGGCACUCUUGGGUGACUGCAGGGAGUCCGGAGUAUCUCCACUGCCUCCAGUGAAUGCCCCUCGAAGAUGUAGUGACGGUGGGGCAAAUGGUUACAGCAGGAGGCAUUUUCUGUCUCAUGAUGCUCUAGGAAAUGGGACAAGGAGAGCCAGCGAUCCAGUAAGAAUGGCCUCUGACAAUCUCUCUGUCCCUAGAGUCCAGCGUUUCAACAGUCUUAAUAGCUUUAACUCUCCUGCUUUGCCUCCAUCCACGGAAAAGCGCAACCUUGUUCUUCAGAACUAUACCCGUUCUGAGGGUGGCGUCUUCCGCGGCUUCAGCUCCCCCUGUCCUCCCAGCAUCAGCGAGAACGUCGCCCUGGAGGCUGCUACAAUGGAAGCAGGUGGCAGUCUGAAUGAUGAGGAUCUCCUGCCAGAUGACGUGGUUCAGUAUCUGAAUUCCCAGAACCAGGGCAUGUACGACCACUUGUUGAACAAUGUCCUAGACAGCAACAAAAUGCAUCACAGCUCAGUGUUAGGAAACAACAACCCCAGCAAUUUUGACCAAGCCCCUCCACCGAGCAGUCAGCAGGCAGGUUCUGAGGCAAACAAGAGUGACUUGCCCAUUCAGUGGAAUGAAGUAAGCUCAGGAAGUUCUGACUUAUCUCCUUUGAAACUGAAAUGCGGUCAGCGCUCAGCGGUGCAGCAGGCUCGGGCCUUCGGACUGUAUAACAACAUGAUGGUUCAGCAGCAGAACCUGGAGAGAAGCACCGUGGCCCAACAGAACGGCUAUCAGAACCAGGUGGAAAACAAUGGUUCCUACGGCUUACAGCAAAACACGGUUCUGGGCAAUGGAGCCGGUAAUUCUUUCAGCGUGCAGCCCAAUAAGCCUUACAGUGAAAGCAUCGGCAGGCAAGCGAUGAUGUCUGGGGCCAUGGACCGUCCCUGUGGUGUGGCAGUUCAAGGGCAGAAGCUGAGAAGCAGCAACAUACCAGUGAGUGGGAACCAGCAAAAUUUUGGCCAUCCCAUGGCAUCCAGUGAUCAAGCCACUAGUAUGGCAAAUGGGAUGCAGAACAGGAAUAUGAUGGAACAGGACUAUUUGCAAAACCAACCAGUUGGAGACAGCAUUCAUUACCAGGGAGUCAGUCAAUCUGGUCAAAUGAUGCUAGGGCAGGUUAGUCCUACCUCACAAAGCAGCCUGUAUCAAGGGCCGCAGAGCUGUCCACCGGUGUCUCACACCAUUGGUAGCCAGCCUUCAGGUUCGUUGGUGGCCAAAAGCUACCAGCCGUGCUCUAAUUACAGCGGCAACAGAUGGCAAAACAUCUUGAGAAACAACGUGGCACAGCAGCAAGGACACGUAAGUGAUGGCAACCAGAUGUACAGGGUAAACACCAUUAAGAUGGAGAUGCAAGGUCAAUCACAGCAGUUCUGCUCUAACGUGCAGAAUUACUCUGGUCAGUUAUAUGACCAAACCACGGGCUUUAGCCACCAAGCUAUGAAAACAGGUUCUUUCUUUGGUUCGGAAGCCAACUGCCUGCUGCAGGGGACUGCGACUGCAAACUCAUCCGAGCUUCUUUCCCCAGGGGCUAACCAAGUGUCGAGCACAGUUGACAGCGUUGACAGCAACAGCCUAGAGGGUGUGCAGAUCGAUUUCGAUGCUAUCAUAGAUGAUGGGGACCAUGUCAGCUUGAUUUCAGGAGCCCUGAGCCCAAGUAUCAUUCAGAAUCUCUCCCGCAAUUCCUCACGCCUCACCACUCCCCGAGCGUCUCUUACAUUCCCAGCUAUGCCCGUAAGCACAACCAACAUGGCUAUUGGGGACAUGAGCUCUUUGUUGACCUCACUUGCAGAAGAAAGCAAGUUUCUUGCUGUUAUGCAAUAGACAUCAAACAAACAAACAAACAAAAACCCUUAGGAGAUAACAGAUGAAAAAAAAAAAAGAAAGACUCGUAUUUUUUAGUUGUGUAUGUAUUUUAGCAAUCUCAUCUCACCUAAAUGGGAUGUGUUUCAAGUAUAUUCCUUUUAUGGAAUAAGGACUCUGAAAACCCUAAAGUGUUCUAGGGAGAAACUGUCUUCCAUUUCAGUUUUGAAUCAGUAUUGCUACAUCCAUUUUCUCCCCCCUCUCUUCCCCCCCUCGCUUUUUGAAUGUCUGUAUGCUUCUUUUUUUUUUUUUUUUUUUUAAAUCUAAACCAAUGUAAAUGUGUGAAGUGCAUGUUUUUGUUUUGUUUUGGGCUUUUUUUAAAAAAAGAAAGGUCUGAUGAAAUGACUUUGCAACUAGACCUUGUAAAACUGUUGCAACUUUCCCCCCUAAACAUAUAGGCACAAAAUAACCAGCCACAAUGUGAAAUGAGCAUACAGUGGUGAAAUCCUCUCUGGAUGCAUUGGAUAUAUUGCAGUGAGGUGGACAACCAGUUUAGAAAGGCACCACCAUGGUACCCGUAGGUUGUCAGGAAGCACAAGAAAUUAUGAGGUUCAAGCAAAUAAGAGAUGUAAAACCGUCAGCCCUUUGAUCCCUAGCAAAUGUUUAAGGUUUUUGUAAACACACACAGAUAGCUGUCACUGCCUUGCAUAACAGUACUGACAUUGUGCCAUAUUUAAUCCAGUUCAGAGGAAGGAGAGGACCAGAAAGACAUUCUUAGUCUAAUUCUCAUCUUGUGUAGUAUUUGGUAUUCCGUUUUUCAGCCUUCUUUUUUAAAUGGCCGGAUAGUAAAAUUAUGGGCACGUUUGGUGAUUUGGGUAGUGUAUAAUCCCUUCGUUGCCUACCACAUUUGUGGAAAGACGAUCAGGGUCUUAUGGAGUAUUUCAUACAAUGAAAUAACAAAAUUGUGAUAUUCCAUACUGGGGAUUUUUUUCUUCUAUAAUGUCCUGAGCCACUGGUUUUUAUUCGCAGUAGCAAUUCCAUUGCUGGGUGAGCUCUCUUGUGCAUCCCUUUUAGCACAUAAAGCUUUCUGGAUAGAUUGUAUGUUUUAAAAUAGGUAAAUGCCCAUUGACAUCAUACACAAUUAUGGCUUUAAAAGCGUCAUGGUUAUGGCAUGUAAAACAAGUAGAAAACAAAAGGCCCAGUUCUCAGACUAGACAAAUAAAGCAAAGCAACCGCAAGCAAUCUGGUAAUCUUAAAUGUUUUUCCAUUGUAUCCGGGCUCUACAAAAUUAAGAGAUUUAAACUGCCAUUAAAAAUAGCAAAAUAGCAAGUGUAACGGCAAAGAUGUCUGAUAACUAAUCAAAACUCAAAAAGACCAACCCUUGGAGACACCAAUGUGCAUGUCAUUUCACAACAAACCAGUGGGUCAACACCCAGGCUCAGUUACACCAGCAAAAGUUGGAACUAACGCACAGUGGUCAUGAAGCCACUCACUGGUAGAGGUGAAGGGCAUUUGCUCCAUAAGUGCUGGCUCUUCUGGCAUGUUUUUUGCUGUUCUGGGCUCCACGUCUGCACUCCUGAGCACACAGAGCUGCUGGGUAAACGGGCUGGGAUGGAGAACAGUUACAAGACCAAGGUUUAAAUUCACCCGCUCCUAGAAACUGCAUGCAAGUCCGGCCCUUGAUGACUUCUCAGUUAAAUCCUGAUAGUAAAAUGCUGCCACGGGAUGUAAAUGGGGCAAGCACUUACAGUCACGGAUUUGAUGUCUGUAAGGAGAUGAUGUUGAGUAGACAUAAAAUGAGAAGGGGGCGUGUGGUCAGUUUUGUAAUAUAGAUAAACUUUACUCCAGUCAAAAUUAGGAGUAACACCAAAAGGUGAUUGCUACAGGUUAGAAGGCCAUAGUACUCAAUAUUUUGAGUGAAAUACCAGCUGAUUCAGGGCAUGACAUUUGAGGAAUGUGUAGGAAUACAAUCUCAGUGAAGCUGUUGGAUAACAUUGACCUAUUAACAGCUGUCAGAAUCAGAGGAAGAAGCUGUAAAUCAGUAGGAAAACAUCAUAGGAAUUUGGUGCUGGGGCUGUAUUUCAGCUUAUCACAGCACAUACUGAGUGAUGUGCACUGAGCUGGAAUGUCAGAAGUCAAGACAAAUGUAAAUAUCCUACAGCUUUUACCAUCAUCCAGCUCCAUAUCUUUAGCAAGCAUUUCUUCCUUCCUCUGUCUCAUGCACACAUGUUCCCCUCUCCUGCUCUUUGCCCUGCUGGUUCCCUUCCUGACCUCCUUGCUCAUGACCAGUUAUCGCGGUCCCUGUGCUGCACGGGGAACAGCGCACAGCUCACCACACCAAGUGGUCGGUUCGCUGUUGCAAUGUGGUGAAGCUGCUCCCCGUUGCGCUCUCAUCGUUGCCCCUGCCCAGCUCCCCACCGGAGGAGGGAUGUUUCGGUGGCCACGCUGUACAUUGCAGCGCUCUGAUGCAGCUCAAACCCCUGUGGAGAAACAGCAGCGUAUGCAGGAGGAAAGGCUGUGCUGGAUGUGUUUCAGAUGGGUCUCGGUAACCAAUCACUGGCUGUUUAUUAAGCCAUAAAUUACAUGUUUAUAAACAAUUUCAACAGGGAGGCUUAUGACCAGCUUGGGAGUAGGUGGCUUGGGAGAGAAGCCUUUUAUUGUUAUAGAGCCAAUACAUUAAAAAAAAAAAUUAAAAAAAACAACACCAAACUAUUUUUUAAACUCAAUUUUCCAGUUCAUAAUUGUAUUUGCUGGUCCAACUGAAGCUGGGAAGCUAUUAACAGAUGUGAUCCAUCAGCACUUGGAAAGAGCCAUUCAUAUUGCUCAAGGCUAAAAGGGACUGUUUGAGUAGCUAAUUUGCCUUCCUGAAUUUGACAAACCUUUGUCACUCAUUUACCCCUGUCUUGGGCCAACAACAUCUUGGCCCAAACCACAUACUCCAGAAAGGCGUCCCAUUUUGAUUUGGCAAUGUUGAAGAACCAGAGACUCCACCAUGUUGCUGGGGAGUAUGCAUAAAUAGUUUAUAAUUUUCACCAUUAAAGGUAUGGGCCAUUUUUGUUCAUGUGUCAGUUUUCAGCUUUCAGUAUAUUCUCGUGCUUUUCUGGUUAGUGCUAAAGAGCCUGUUUUGCUACCUGUGAGGGUAGCAAUACAUCGUAGCCAAGCUAUCUUGGCUCUCUGAGUAAUGCACUGUUAGGCUGGACACCAGCCUUCACUUGUCCAUCUCCUUCUCAAUGUGUGGCAGUCUGGGGAAAGUCCCACCAACGUUGUCCACCUGUUUCCUGGGACCUCUCUACUCCUGCUCUUCCAGUUACAGAGCCCAAACUUGCUAUUGUAUAUCUGGUGCAUCAGUCGGCAUUGCCAUAGCAGUUGGAAACCCACCACACACCCUAGAGUAUUAAAAAAUGCAGAAAAUAUAGUGAAUUCCCUAUUUUAAAAGAAUCACAGACUGAGUCUAAAUCACCUUUUCUUCUAAUGACGCGGGGGUGGGUCUUCCAGCUUUGUUACUGUUGGCCUUGGGCGCGUCUGCUUCGCUCAGCCUACGUGAAGGGUGCGCAUUUCUCCAGGCAGUUUUACUUUCCACAAGGUGGGAGCUGCCAGUGAGAGUCCAUCCAUGGCCGAGGAAAGGUGUAUUUGCAGAGAAGUCAGUGGGCUUCCAAAGGGGCUCUGCUGGUGAGUAUGAUGGCCCCCGGCAUUCAUGGGGCAGAGGCUGUUACUCUCUCCUUGGAGAAUGGUCCCAAAUGCCACAUGCAUUAAGAUGCUGGCUGGCUCGCUGGCUCCCAGUCAUUGCUUCCCACCCCAAGCCCUUGAUGAAAUGGCCCAUGUCUGUUGCGCAACGGCUCGUCCUUCUGCACAGCAGUGUGUAUAUUCUCACGAUGUAUGUGCCUUAUUUUCUGUUGAUCCUGUAAAAGAGAGGGACCAAGAUGUGUUGCCAAAUUUUCCCGAUGAGGCUGUACUCGCCAUUCAGCUAAUAGCACAUAUCACUGUUAAUAGUGUCCAAAAUGUCUUGUAAACCUCUGAUAUUCACGUGUUAUUGUCCUUGGAUUGGUGGAAUGUCUCCUAUGGAACAGUUACUGUUGUCAGUCCUGCAGAUGUGUAAGAUAAAUAUGUGUUCCUUUUUUUUUUUUUUAGGUUUUUUUUUAGUUUUUUAUAAAGCUUGUAAUCCUUUUUUUAAAAAAAAAAAAAAAGAAAAUGUGUAAAUACAUUUACGUAUGGUAGGAAUAGUGUUUGGCUAUAAUGGGCCUUAUUGGUCUUCAUUUGAUAAACCUGCAGUUAUGAUCUGAUGUUUCUCGAGCCUUAGGUUGAUCUGAAGGGUCUGUAGCAUUGUGUACAUAUAAACUGUACUUCUGCUUACAGGACCACUUAGCUCUUUUGUAACAAAGAAAAAAAAAUGUUUCUUACAAUGUCAAUAAAAACACAAAAGCCUUUGUACUUAA